AGGAUUUUUUCAGAGAAAGGACACCUACAGGUUUCAGCCUUGCAUUAAACAUUAGCUUGUGUUACUGUUUGUGCUCACAAGCAAACAUAGACUUUAAUCAUUGACAUGUCAGCAGAUUUAAGUCUCUUUUAACUCUAUGUACACAAUACUGAUCUGCCAGUAAAGCUCUGGUAGUUUAGCCACACACAGCUGCCAUGGAUAUGGCUAAUAAUCCGAAGAAGAACAUUUCAAUUGUUGGCGGGGGCUUGGUUGGCGGCCUAAAUGCAUGCUUCUUUGCAAAAAAGGGAUUCCAAGUUGAUCUUUAUGAAGCAAGAGAAGAUAUAAGAAAAGCCAAAAUUGUGAGUGGGAGAAGUAUCAAUUUGGCACUUUCACACAGAGGACGCCAAGCUCUCAAAGCUGUUGGGGUGGAAGAAAAGAUUGUAGCCAAGGGCAUUCCAAUGUAUGCUAGAAUGAUUCAUAACCGUAAUGGAAAAGUAUACUCUAUACCGUAUGGAAAGCGACACCAGUAUAUCCUGUCAGUUGAUCGAGCAAACUUGAACAAAGAAUUGCUGGAUGCUGCUGAAAAGUAUCCAAAUGUCAAGAUGCAUUUUGAUCACAAAUUAAGUGACUACAAUGUUGAGUCUGGCACACUGGUUUUUCAUAGGGAUCUUGAGAAUACCUUACAUACAAAUGCAGAUUUGGUUGUCGGAUGUGAUGGUGCGUUCUCUGUUGUACGAAAGCAAUUUAUGAAAAGGACACGUUUCAAUUACAGUCAUGUAUAUAUUCCUCAUGGUUAUAAAGAAUUGACCAUUGUACCAAAAAAUGGAGAGUUUGCUAUAGAGCCUAACUACUUGCACAUAUGGCCAAGAAAUACAUUUAUGAUGAUUGCACUUCCUAAUUUGGAUAAAACAUUUACUUGUACACUUUUCAUGCCAUAUGAAGACUUUGAAGAACUCCGCACAGAGGAACAAGUGCUGCACUUCUUCAAGACCUUUUUUCCAGACUCUGUGGACUUAAUUGGAGAGGAUAAACUGAAAAAAGAUUUUUUCCUGCUGCCACCCCAAGCUUUGAUCUCAGUAAAGUGUUCCUCCUUUUGCUUGGAUAAUAAAUGUGUUCUAAUGGGAGAUGCAGCCCAUGCAGUGGUGCCAUUCUAUGGGCAAGGAAUGAAUGCUGGCUUCGAAGAUUGCCUUGUAUUUUCUGAGCUAAUGGAGCAGUACAACAAUGAUUUUGAAAUCUGUAUUCCUGAGUUUUCCAGACUUAGAGUGCCAGAUUCCCAUGCAAUUUCUGAUUUGGCUAUGUACAACUACAAGGAGAUGCGGGCUCAUGUAAAUUCCAAAUGGUUCAUUUUUCGAAAAUAUUUGGACAAUUUUCUUCACACCCUAAUGCCUUCUACUUUUAUUCCUCUUUACACAAUGGUAACUUUCAGCAGAAUACGAUACCAUGAAGUGAUCUUGCGCUGGAAGAGGCAAAAUAAGAUUGUAAAUGUGGGGAUCUUCAUAUCCAGUAUUGCAUUAGCAUGUGGAGGUACAUAUCUGCUAAUAAAACAUCUGCCUUCUUUGGUUAAGAAGGAAAGUUUUACUCAACUUUCUUCCCGCUUAUCCGGGUUUGGAGUUUUUUCAAAAUUUGAUUUUACAAAGAGUACAUUGCAAACAUAAGCUCAUCUGCACAAAGGAAGCAUCACUGCCAGCAAGAAAAGAAACGUUAAAUCAUAAUGUUCUUUAUUAUGUGAUGUUACUGUGCCAUUUCACUUUGUAUUGUGGUGUGUUAUAUUAAAUGUUAUAUAAACAAUAACUUUAUUACUU